AUGACACUGGACGUAGAGAAUUGUCAUUCCACUGUUCAUGUCAAACAGGUGAACAUAUCCAUGAUGGAGUACGUAAGAUCCUUUGGACUUACGAUGAAAGAAUUAAUCAAGAGGGUGACACAAUGGGUCAUGUUUCAUCAUACAAGUAGGAAGUCAUGGCACCCAAAGCCAGAGGAGACAAAACCAUUCUUUAAAGUCCCUUUGAUGAAGCCACUUCCUAUUGUUGAUAUUUCUAGAGCAAAUUGCGUGAUUAUGCGGGAUUGGGCUUCAGUGUAUGGAGCAGCAGUGCGACAGUGGACAAUGUGCCAAGAGACAACCAUGGCAAAGCAUGGCACUCACCCUGAGUAUAAAUACCAGUGA